AUGUUGGCGUUAAAACUGCUAAGCGUCGUUAUAACUUACUGUUUGCUUGUGGUUGAUUAUUCUUUGCCUUUGGAACCUGAAUUACCUCCGAAUAAAAUUCUCACGAAAAGGAUACAGGUUAUUGAACACUCAGUUCCUGUUUGUAUAUAUAUUGCAAGAUACAGAGACAAGUAUCUGAAGCGACAAAUUGUCUACAGUUCUGGUCACCCAGGUUUGUACAAUCCUUCGAUUAUUACAAAUCAAGAAGCGCAUAUGAUCUAUGGAAAUAUGGAAGGAACUGGAAGCUCAAAAGAGCCAAAGGAGAGGCAAACGACAGCGAGGAAGAAGGCUAAAACCAUUUCAGAUUAUUUUUCAGCUGCGCCAGGUGGUAUGUAUACAUCUUAUUUUGACUAAAUACAAGCAUGUAUUAAGUGGUACCCAAACAUAUGUAUUACCAUGACAUACAGUCAGGUAUACGCAAUGCGUAUUCAUGACUGUAUGCAUGCGUUGCGGUUUCAUAAAGCAGCUUUAUCGACACCUUGCUUCCAGCAUGUUAGUGUCAACAUCAUUUGUAAAAACGUGCCAAAUCCUAACAUUUCAGGAAAUGAAAGAACGAUUUACUACGAUCCUGCACAGGCCUGCGUCUCCCAGUCUGUCGCCCAAAUAACUAGAACUCCAACUCGUACAAGUGAUGUCUACCAAGGCUACCAAGCCGCGGCCAGUCCACAGGUUUCUCCAGAACGCCAUCGAGUGCCAACAGUUGUGAGCUCAACUUUGUCCAAAGUACAUGAGCCACAAGCAGUAAUACACGUCGACCAUUGCAAGAAAACAAAUAUAUCAUCCUAUAUGAACCCUCACCAACCAAAAAGCUUUGAGUUUUCUAAAAGGAAAUUUUCUGGACAGAAUCGUUCUUUUCAGGUGGCUAACAGCUUGACUCGGUCCUUUGUUUUUAUUGUGCUCAGCAAAACGCUCAGGGAAACUUAAGGUGUGCUAGUAAAAAAGAUCAAAAGUUUAUCUCGGAUGGGUUUUGUAACUGAAAAAAGUCCCUAGAUAAAUUCAAGCAACACGAAUCUUCAGAAUGUCACAUGAUGGCGAUUGAUUAUGCAGUUAAUUUGGCAAUUUUAUUGAUAUGACAAAUGAGCAGAGCAAGAAACUAAGACAGACCAAUCGCCGCUGCUUAUUGAAAAUAAUUGAAAACUUGCAGUCUUUAUGCCGGCAAGGACAAGCUAUACAAGGAGACACUGAUACUGAGUCGAACUUUUACCAAUUAAUGAAACUUCGGGGACGGGACGAUCCUGCGUUACUCGAGUUGCUUAAGAAACGAGGCGGUGAUAAAUAUACGAGCCAUGAUAUACAAAAUGAAAUCACUGAAAUUAUGGCACACAAGGUUCAACGGGACCUCAAAGGAUAUUGGAACAGGAUUCUUUUCCAUAAAUAA